UUAAUAAAUUAGAUAGAAUAUUCUUAUAUCCCAUAAAAAAGCAAAAAAAAUAAUAAAAAAAUGAGUGUACUUUUAAGAAAAAAUAUAUUCCUUAAUGUUAACUAACUACAAUUUUUCGAUAUUAAAAAUGUUUAGCGCUUUAAUAAAAUGUUUAGAUUUAACAAUAGCUUAAUAAAUAAAUAUCUGAAAACAUUUAUAAAGUUUACAACUUUAGGAUCUUUGCCAUUGUUAUUCAAUUAUUUUUAAGAUAAUAUUAAAAUGAUUAGUAAUGAACAAGAUUAUGUAUUAUCAGAUAAAUUUACUGAACAAGAGUUAAAAGAACUAGAAAAAACAGUUGAAAGAAACCCAAAAAACAUUUAAAUGAAGUAUAAGUUAUUAAAUUAAUAUUUUAUUCUGAAUAAACUAGAUAAAGCAGAAAAGCUAUUAAAAAUUCUAAUUUAAGAAGACAAGUAAAGCCAUAAACCUUAUGUGUACCUAGGAUCACUCUACAUAAAAUAAGAAAAAUAAUAAGAAGCCAUUCAAAUUCUUAAUACAGCCAUUAAGCACUUUCCUAAGUGCUAAGAAGCAUAUUUACUGAUUGCUUCAAUUUAUAAUAAGAAUGGUAAUAAAGUGAAAGCAGUAGAAACUUUUAAAAAAUACAUUGAAUAGGAUCCUAAAAAUUCUUCUAUUUAUAAUGAUUUAGGAAAUUAUUAUAUUGAGUAAUUUAAUGAUUAUGAGAAAGCUUAAAAUGUUUACGAAGAAGGAAUAAAAUAAGUUGGAAAUGAUCCUUAAUUACUAUGCAAUGUUGGCAAAGUUUAUUUGUAAAAGUAAAAUUUCGAGGAAGCAAGAAAAUACUUUGAACAAACUAUAGCCAUUUCAAAAGAAAUAUAUUUUGCUUUUAUUUACUUGGGAGUCGUAAACUUAAAAGAAGAUAAGUUUGAAGAAGCAGCAGAGAAUUUUGAAAGAGCUAUGAAGUUAGACCCAUAAAAACCUCUUUCAUAUAAAAAUUUGUGCAAUAUGUAUUUUAACAAAAAAGAUUUUAAGAAAUCACUACAUUAUAGUAAUAAAUGGGAUAGUGUAGAAUCUUCUUCAGCAUGGAAUUUAUCACACAAAGCUUAAUGUUAUAUAUAAAUGGAACAAUUUGAUAAAGCUAUUGAAGUUUUAUAGAAAGCCACAGACAUUGAACCUAAAAAUGACGAUAAUUAUUUUUAUUUAAGCUAUUCUUAUGACAAAAUAAACAAGCAUGAAGAGGCCUUAAAAUAUAUUUAAAAAUGCAUAGAAUUGAAUCCAAAUGAUCCAUAAUCUUUUUAUUAAUAAACAGUAUAUUUACUGAAAUUAAAAAAGUAUAAUGAAGCUAUUUAGAGUGCUGAAUAAGAAAUUAAAUUAGAUCCUAGAUCUGAAUAAGCUUAUAGAUGUAUUGGAGAUGCAUUUUUUGCUUAAAAAGAUUUUAUGCAAGCUAUAGAUGCUUACGAAAUAUAUCUUUAGUUGAAAGAAGAUCCUAUUAUAAAAAUAAAGCUAGCUAAUUCUUUUUACAUGAUAAAAUAAUAUCAAUAAGCAUUGGAAUUAUACAAAGAAGCAGCUAUGAUAGAGCCUAAAACAGUCUUAAAAAACUAUUAAUUUAUCUUAUCUUCACUAAAAAAUAUGAUUUUAGGAUGAUUAUAUACAAUUUAUUGC